UAGUACAAAUGUGACCGACGGACGGGCUGUUUAUUGACUUAAUUGCUUUGACAGAAUGUUCACUUUACUGCUACUACUUUUCGCUCAUUGUUUAAGCGAAGCGAACUUACAUUCACCGAGGAUGAUAUUCAAAUACAAAGAGACUCCAGUUAAAAGGUUUCCAUUGCGUGAACAAAAUUUACCAGUUCAGAUUCUCUUGGGAGAAUGGCCGGCUGAUGUUACAUCUGUUGAAAAGACCAACCUGACUUUCUACAACUUUAAUGACACUGGGGAGGAUCCCAAAGACAUGAAGAUCCACUGGAAUGAUUGCAAUGACUGCAAAAUUGCAAUGGUUCAUCAGAGGGAAGAAGGAAAGCCGCUGUUUGUUUGUGUGACCAAAGAAAGGACAACAGAUUGCUGUGACCUGGAUUCAUCAGGGUCACUCACAUGUGCUAAAAUUGACUAUAUUAAAGAAUUUAACAUUAAGGAAGGCGAAAAAUCUGCUCUUGAUGAAACUGAUGCAAAAAUACAUCUCUACGUUACAUCCUCUGGAGCGUACGAGAAUGUUGGCAUCCACAAGUUUGGAAGUAAUAGAGUGGGACCAAUCAAUCAUGAGAACGAGCAGUACUAUUUGGGAUUGGUUCUGAGCAAAAGAAAAGACGAGCCAUUGCAGAACAAAGUUUAUUCUUUCUAUAAGCAGAAAAACAAAGACAUAAGCCCGGGCAGUAACAUGUGGCUCCCCUUUGUCAGCCAAGUUUGCACGGCUGAUAUGGGGGGUCCCAAGAACAAGCUGCAGUUUGGUUGGACGUCUCUGAUGAAUGCAAGGCUCUACUGUGGUAACCCAGGCAACAAACAACAUUUCUUUGAGCUGGUGGAUGUGGCUACUGUACAUUCAGACCAUUGGCAGGACACCAGAGUUUAUGCACUGUUCAGAAAUGAAUGGGGCAUGAGCGCUGUGUGCAUCUACACAAUAGGAGACAUUGAAAAAGUUUUCUCCACAUCUCCCUUUAUUGAUUCAAAGAGCGAUGAUGACAGAAAAAAGUGUGUUCCUGACAGCACCAAGAUUCCUACUGAUAUCCUGAGCAGAGUCGAAAAGGUUUCGGAGAUGAAGGAGUGGGUGAACCCCACGUUGGGCCCAGUUCUCUUCAACCAUCACAACUACACCCGAAUCUUUGUUGAUGCUUCCCAAGGGAAUCAACACACAGUUAUGUUUCUCUCUCUAAAUAAUGGUGCUAUUCACAAGGCAUUACAGAUGGAAAAUCAUUCGUACAUCAUCGCUGAGUAUCAACCUUUCAACUACUCAGCCCACAUCCUCAACCUCGUCCUUGACUCCUCUACUAAAAAGCUGUACGUGAACUCAAAAACUGAGCUGGUCCAAAUUGACGUGGGAAACUGCGGCCAGUAUGGAAAGAACUGUCAGGAUUGUGUUCUGUCCAGAGAUCCAUAUUGUGGCUGGAAAAAUGAACAAUGCACCUCUGAGACGAGUGGUGAACGUCAUGAUGUGGUCCACAGGAACCUCACGAUUUGUUUGAACAAUCAAGCAUCGUCACUUCCACUCUCUGCUGAAGGCACCAAUGGACACGCAGACAAGUUAGUGAAAAGGAUCAAAGUUCCCUUUGAGUCCAGCUACUUCCUGCGAUGUCCAGUAUCAUCUCAUCGUGCCCAGUAUACCUGGAAAACUCCUGAGGGCUCCAGUUCCUGUAACCCGAGGGACGACCAGUGUCUUCUGCUGAUUGACAGCAUGACUCUCAAUCAUCAGGGAACGUAUAGUUGUGAGUCUGAGGAAAUGGGCUAUCGAAAAAUCCUGGCAAAGUACGAGCUGACACUUUCAUCUGCAGGACGGACAUUUGGUCCGACUGUCUGGAUCUCUGUUGCAGCUGUCUUCAAAAGUGUCUGGUUUUAGUUUUGAGCCUUUAAGCAUAUUUUUAAUAGCAGCAAAUUAAUUCUUGAACAAGAUCCAGCAGAGCUUGAAGUCGGUGUGGUCAAACAGACUCUCCAAAGUGCAAAUAUUGUUGCAAAAAAGAAGAAAAAUAAUCAUGGUGAAAGAAUGUGAAACAGACUCAAAGGUCACUUUAGCAGCAGCACAGUUCUUGUGUUUAGGUGUUCCUUUACAUUAUUUACUAGAUAUUUAAAAAAUGUGUUAUGGACAUUUAUUUCAAGAUGGUCAUUAUUGAUGUAACAGAGCUAAAAUGUGCUUAGCAGUUGUUCUAAUCUAUAAAAGGACUUCCUUUUACAGGUCCUGUUGAAGGACUUCCUGAAAAAGUAAGUCCAUAUUUGGACUUCCUAGUAUAGACUUUCUGAAAUAAGAAGUCCAUACUUCCUUUUUCAGUACAAAAGGAAGUAUGCUACAUCCCUUUGCCACAAAACUAAAACAUAAACAUAAACGUCAAUUAUUAAUUUACAUUCACCUGCAAAUAACAUCACCAAUGUGUUGUUAGGUUGCAGGUUUCGUUUUGAUGGCAGACAUGAUAAAAUCUGAUUGAGGUGUUUAUGAAACGGAAGUGUAAACUUGCAUUAUGAAUCAAGACAAAUUUAGUGACAUGCUACAGCAGCAGAACCAGGCAGGUGCAGAGAGGCCCAAUGUUAUCAUCCUCCUGAGUAAAUCUGAUGAGGAUCCAGUCAUUUCUGCUACAGGGAACUGUCCAACACACACUUUCAAUUCCUCACACAAAUGCACCAGGAUUAAAGUGAGUGCGGUUCUGCAGACCUAGCUGCAUGUUAGGCCUAACAUUGCACUUACACAUACAGCUUCCAGAUUCAGCUAUAUGUGUAGGUGACUAAGUGAUAUGGAAGGUGAAGUGCAUGAUUAUCACAGAACUGUCUGAAAGUUGUUUUUAGUAAUUAAGACUCAAAGUGUGCUCCCAACAUCUGUAGUUCAGUCAUAUGAGCUGUUCUUUUACAUAUUUUAUUAGUAGGAAAAUGUAAAUUGCUUUCCAUAUCUACUCCUAGCCAUAAGGGAUUUUGAAAUUGUGCCAAAAGGAAAUGUUGAAGAGAUAUGAAUAUUUUUGCAAAGUGUGGUUAUUUCAGUUGGUGGGCUUUUUAAAUAUAUGAUGCUAUUAUUUUUGGAAUGAGACAUAUUUACAGUCUGAGUGCUGUCAUCAAGAGAUGAUUUCACAGGAGAUAUUUUAAAAUUGUGCUUUUUUUGUAUGAGAGAUAUGAUGCAGAACUUUGCACAUAUGAACCUACGCUGGAACUACCUCAUUGGCCAUGACGUUUGUAUUUCACCACAUUGAGCCAUUCUGUAUUAUUGAAGUCUUUUUCUAGAAAACUGAAAAGGACAUUCUCAUUUCUGAAAUGUUGUUUAUAAAUACAUUUUUCAUGCAUAGUGCAAGAUAACUGGACUAACACUGUGUUCGUCAAGCAAUGUUGCAAUUUGAUUAGUUUAUUUGUCUUUAUUAUAAAGAGGUGGUGUAAUUUUUUUAGUGUUGGAGUGUAAAAAAGUUUAUUCUUUUACAAAGCCAAGAAAUUAAAAAAUACAUAUUUUUUAAUAUCACAAUCAUUUCUUGUUAUAUUCUCUGUUCGUCUACCAUUUCAUGAGUAAGAAGAGUGACUGAAAGAAUUUGUUAAUAAAACUUUUCUUCAUUAUUUAAUCAUUA